UGGAAAAAGAAGUAAACAAACCGGUUAUAAAUUUUUGUUUGCAGCUUUAAACUAUAACGAAUAAACACCAUCACGUCAGCGAGUAGACGUCAAGCUUUGUUUCCAAACCACUCUCAGAAGAAGAGACAAAUAAAUCAGAGGUAUUGUCUGCAGGAAGAAUUAUUGCUAAUAAAAUGGCACCUGAAUUAUCGAGUUUUGAGGCCGACUCUUCGGCACGUCAGCAAUAUUCAGCGCACAAUCCGAUCGAGCAGUAUGUUUUACUUGCUAAAGGAGCCAAAGGAGCGGCUUGCAUUGAGUUGAUCAAACAAGUGCUAGAAGCACCGGGAGUGCACGUAUUUGGAGAACUGCUGGCGAUGCCUAACAUCGAAGAGCUUCAAAAUGGUCCACAUGCAAGCUACUACAAUACGCUGAAUCUUUUUGCUUAUGGAACAUAUCGCCAAUAUCUUGAGAAUAAGGCGAAACUGAUACAGCUUACUCCGGCAAUGCAAAAGAAGUUGCAGCACCUCACGGUGGUAUCAUUGGCGAUUAAAAGCAAAUGCAUUCCAUACAAUGAAUUACUUGAUGAGUUAGACAUUAAGAAUGUGCGAGUGCUGGAAGAUUUGAUUAUCGAAGCAAUCUACGCCGACGUUAUUCACGGUAAGCUUGACCAAAAGAACAAGCAGCUGGAAGUAGAUUAUGCCAUCGGUCGCGAUAUUCGUAUGAGUGAUAUAAAGGAAAUUGCCUCCACCUUGCAAGAAUGGAGCGAUUCAUGUGAAACGAUUCUGCUCUGUCUUGAGACACAGAUUAACCGAGCCAACACUGAGAAGCAGAAACGUAUAAAGCAUAAGGAAGCGAUUGAACAAGAGAUUUCUAACUUAAAGAAAACGAUAAAGACUCAGUCGGUGGAAUCGGACGAGGCAAUGGCUACAGACGGCUGCCGAGAUAUUGCUGGUGGGCUGGAUCUCCGAAAAAAGCCAACUAAAUCCAAGAGCCUAAAAGGUUCGGGUCCAGGCAAGUCAGUAUCGAAAUGAUUGGCUUAACACUACCAAGAAGACACAGGUGCCACAUACCGCCAUCCGAAGGGCAGUUUUGGGAUGUUAACUCAUUAGUUUGGUCUUAUGUUAUUUUCCCUUUAUUUUAAACCGGCGUUUGAAAGUAAGCAUGCACACAUCGUGUCGUUUCUUGAUUGAUUGAUGAUCUUUAGUAAGAAUUGUGAUGCAAAACACAAAUAAACUAUCGCCGUUACCUUUUUUUCAUUGAA